AUGGACUGUGAAGCUAGCAUGGAACAUCUCUUGGAGCGCAUGCUGCUUGAUCCAAGUGCAGAGCCCAUAAACCUGCCAUUAUCGCUUCUCAAGGCCAUCACGAUUGAUUUCUCUGAUCAUAGGAAAAUUGGCAGUGGUGGGUUUGCAAAUGUGUACAAGGGCGAACUUCAGAAUGGGACAGUCAUCGCUGUGAAGAAGCUGUUCCACAAUCUUGAUAUGGAUGAGGAGAAAUUUAUCAAAGAGGUUGGUUGUCUUAUGAAGUCAAAGCACAAGAAUGUAGUGCGAUUUUUGGGGUACUGUUAUGACACACAAGGAAAAAUGUUGAACUAUGAGGGGAAGAUGAUCCUGGCUGAAGAACGACAAAGAUUGCUCUGCUUUGAGUUCCUGCCCAAAGGGAGUCUUGACAAGGGAUACUUGGCACCGGAAUCCUAUGAUGGAGUGAUCACAUUCAAGUCCGACAUAUAUAGUUUCGGUAUUAUAACCAUGGAGAUAUUGACUGGACGGAAGGGUUAUUGCGACAUUCAGAAUGAAGACAUAUGGUUGCAAUAUGUGAGAGUAUGUGCGGAGAUUGGAAGACAGUGCAUUGACCGUAACCCAGCAGAUAGGCCACAUACACUUUAUAUAAUUGAGAGGCUGGACCAAAUGGAGCGUACGUGCGGUUUCAUUGAAACUGACAUCCGUGCUUCAUCGGCAACGCAACUUGCAUUUACAAGGAAGAAGGACUUUGGUAAGGAAGAGAGGGAGCUCCAGUGGGCACAUGCGCAAAGGACGCUCCAUGCGCUACAGCCACCGGAUGCCAAGCUAUUCCCUGAGAGGGUGAAUGAGCUGAAUGAAUUGGCCGAAGAGGCGAAACGGAGGGCUGAGAUUGCAAGGUUGAGGGAGCUUCACACCCUGCAGGGGCAUGUGGAGUCAGUCGUGAAGCUCAAGGGCCUGGACAUCGACACCUUCCAGCGGUCAUACACAUUCUGA